AUGGAUCAGCGAUACAACCAACCGCCGCCUUCACAGCAGUAUCCACCUCCUCAGCAGCAGCAGCAGCAGCAGCCGCCGCAGCAGCAGCAGCAACCGCCGCCGCAGCAGCAGCAGUUUCAGCAGCAACCCUCUUAUCCUCCAUACAGCCAGGGUCCGCCUCAGGUUCCGCCGUACAGCCAGGGUCCGCCUCCCCCGUACGGCGGAGGCCCGCCGCCGGCAUCUUAUAACGAGCCGCCGCCACAGCCGUAUAACGCGCCGCCGCCACAGUAUCAGACUUACGCCGGCGGUGCACCGUACGGUGGUGCCCCUCCCCCGCAGACGAGCUACAGCCCUCACCCACCCGCGUAUGGCGGGCCGGCACCUGGUUACCCCCCGCCGCAGCAGCAUCAGCAGCCGCCGCCGCAUCUCCCGCCGCAACAGCCGCCGGCGGGAUACGCCCCGCCGCCGUGGCAGGCGCAGGGACAGCCGCCAGCUCAGGGGCAGUAUCCGCCAGCUCAGCAGAUGCCAGGUGGCAUGCAUCCUCCUGAGGGGCGACCCGAUCCGUCCGCGGCAGCCCCGUGGAAGCAACGUCAGCAGCCGCAGCCGGAGGAGGAGAGAGGGAGAGACAGGGACGAACGUGGCCGCGACCGCGACCGCGAUCGUGAUCGGGACCGCGACCGGGAUCGGGAUCGUGAUCGCGAUGGUUCGUCGAAGCCGUCGCUCAAUCGGUACCCGCCGCCGCAGAGCUUAUACAGCGACCCGCUUAAGCCGGCACCUAGCUCGAUCUACGAAGACGAGUCGCCGCGCAAAUCGAAGCUAAAGGUGGAAAUGGUAAUGGGAAAGGCGGCCAGUGCGGAUGCUAAGACCGGCGCUGCUACAUCGGCUAUGUCUCAAAUCCUUGCUGCCAGAUCUGCCGUUUCUGCGCUUCUCGCGGCGACGAACCCGCAACUGGCGGCGGCGCAGCAGCGCGCUGCUGCUGUCUCAGCAGCGAUCGCCGGAUCGACGGGAUCCGGCGGCGCGGGCUCUGCCGCGGCGGCGAUUGCGGCGGCCGCUGCGGCGAAGAACCCGCUGCUGGCGAGUAACCCGAUUCUCGCGGCGCAGGUCGCGGCUCUCGGCGGUUCGAACGCCGCAUCUGCCGCUGUAACGAAGGCCGCGUUACUAGCCGCCGCCGCGAACAGCGCGAAGCUGGGCGCGGUCAACCCCGGGCUCGCCAUGGCCCUGGCUAUGGCUGCCGCGAAACAGGCGGAAGCGGCGCGGGCGGAAGGUUUACCCGCGGAAGCGGACAAGGACAAGAAGGCGGAGGACCGCGCGGGGGAGAAGCGCCGCCGCUCCCGCUCCCGCUCGCGCUCCCCGUACUUCCGCCGGGGGAGGGGGAGAUCCCUGUCCCGCUCCCCUCCCCGCCGCCGAACCAGGUCCCCGGUCCGGGAAAGGAAGCCUGGGUCCGCGUCGCCCACGCGCAGGAGCCCGUCGCCCAGGAUUCGCAGGCGACGGUCGCGAUCGCGGUCGCGGUCGCCCGUGCGACGCAGGCGGGGGAGAUCGGCGUCGCGCUCGCGGUCGCCGUUCGGGCGGGGGGGGAGGUUCGGCGGGUGGCGCGGGCGCGGGAGGGAGAGCAGUCCGGAGCAGCCGACGAGCACGGUGCUUAUCCGCGGCAUUGCGCCGUGGGCUGUUGAAGCCGAUAUCUUCGCGCUGCUGGGCGAGUGGGGGCCAUUGAAGGAGGUGCGCGUGAUCAAGGAGCGCGCCACGGGGUUCAACAAGGGCUUCUGUUUUGUCGACCUCGAGACCAUGGAGGCGGCAAAGGCGCUGGUGGAGGGUGGGAGGGCGAAGGAGCUAAAGAUGGAUGACCGCUUGCUCUUGUUCCACUACAGCAAGCCGCUGCAAGGGGCGGAGGACGGGGGCGCGCUUGCGGACAGCAGCUCAGGGAAGCCCCUGGACUGGGUCUGCCCCUCCUGCGCUGUCAAUAACUUCGCGCGCCGCUCCGAGUGCUUCAAGUGUGUGACCCGCAGGCCCGCCAAUCCCGUCACUGUUGCCGACAGAGGCGACGCGGGAGGAGGCGAAUAUGGGGGCCGAGGCGGAGGAGGAGGUGGCGAGUACGGGGGGCGAGGAGGCGGGAGGGCGGCGGCGGUUGCUGUGGCCAUGGGUCCAGAUGCGUCGAACGUGCUUAUAGUGAGGGGGCUGGAUGACAGCGUGCACGAGGAGAGCCUGAGGCAGGAGUUUUCCCAGCAUGGCUCCGUGACUGACGUGCGCAUGAUGCGCGAUAAGAUCACACUCAAGUCACGCGGAUUCGCCUUCGUCACUCUCGCUAAUGUGGAUCAAGCAACACGUGCAAUGCUCACAUGUCACAACAAGCGACUCUUCAAGGGAGGCCCGGUCAUGCGAGUGGCGUAUGCGCGCGGCGCCAACCACGGAGUGCCCUCCACGCCCCUCGCCGAUGCUGCCGCUGCUGCCUACGCCGCCGCUGCUGGCAGUGGCGCUGCUGAGAAUACUGACGUCAUGGCUCAGAUGGAGGCGUCUGGGUGGAUGCCCAAGGAGUACGACGAGGGGGCAGCAGGGGGCGAGCAGCAGGCGCAGGCGGGCAGUGGCUUCGUGUGGGACGAGGCGUCGGGGUAUUACUAUGACAGCACCACUAGCUUCUAUUACGACAGUGCUUCAGACCUGUAUUACCACUCGGAUUCGCGCCAGUGGUUCCGCUACGAUGCAACGACCGGGGAGUACAAGCAGUGCUCAGCUGAGGAGCUGGAGGCUGCUGAUAGCGCCCCUGCCGCCAUGGCUGUCGCUGCUGCCACCGCCGCGACUAAACGCGACGCUGCCGCUGCAGCCGGUGCUGCUGCUGCUGCUGGUGAUGCGUCGGCGAGUCAGCCAAAAAACGAGGGGACAGCUGAGGGAGCGGGGAAGGAGGGGCAGGGAAAGGGAGGGAAGGAGGAGCAGCAGGGGGAGAAGAGGAAGAAAUCGUUUGCUGAAUCCGUGGCUGCAGCAGCUGCCUCGGCGUUUCAGGCGGAGAAAGAGCGGGAGGCUGCGAGGAAGAAGCAGCAGGAGAAGGAAAAAGAAACCGCUGCUGCCUCCGCCGCUGCCUCUGCCGGUGCUGCUGGUGGUGCUGGUGGGGAUGGUGCGUCUGCUGCUUCUGGUGGUGGUGCUGCUAUGGAGGGCAAGAUUCGGACGUAUGUGCCGUCUGCCGCCCUGACGUCCCAGGUGGCAAAAGAAGGUGAGGCGGGGCAGGUAGCGGGCGGGCAGACUGACGGGCAGAAGAAAUCUGAGGGGGGCGUGAAGGAGGAAUUGAAGGAGGGGAAGGAUGGUGAAGGGGAGGGGAAGGGAGGUGGGAGUGGGGCGCCACCGGAGGGGUAUGGGGGAUACAGUCAGGCGUAUGGGCAGCAGCCGCCUCCCUAUGGCCAGGCUCCCCCUUACGGCCAGUACCCUCCGCCACAGCCGGGCCCGUAUGGGGCACCGUACGGCCAAGAGCAGCAGCCGCAGCCGCCACAGCAGCAGCAGCCUGCUUACGGGCAGCAGCAGCAGCAGCCUUACAACCCGCAGCAGCCGCAGCAACAGCAGGCACAGGGCCAGUUUCCCUCUCCUGCCGCUGCUCCUGCUGCUGCUCCGGCCUAUCCCUCUGCCGCGCCCUCCUACUCACCUGCUCCUAGCUACCCCCCGUCUACCGGUUACAUGGGUUACCAGCCUCCCCCUUAUGACCCGUAUGCAGCUGGUGCUGGCUCUACUGCCCCUGCUGGCUCUGCUGUUGGUGCUGCUCCUGCUGGUGCUGCUGGUGGUGCUGGUGCUGCCCCUGCUGGUUCUGCCCCCUCUCCUCCUGCACCUAUGCCUCCCACCACCACUCCUUCCUCCUCCGCUGCUGCUCCGCCGUCCCUCUCCUCGCCCUACAACCCCUACUCGCUUGCUCCCUCCUCUGCUCCCCCAGUCGCCUCUUCCUCUGCCGCUCCUCUCACCGCCUCUUCUGCACCCCCCUCCUCCUACGAUCCCUUCGCAGCUGCUGCGAGCAUGGGGGGAGGAGCAGCGGGAGGAGCAGGGGGAGCGGGGGGAGCCGGGGGAGCGGCGGGGGACGGUGCGUAUGAUCCCAUUGCUGCAGCGCUGGAGGCGGUGGGAGGGAUGCCGGAUUGGGUCACUGCGCCCAUACCUGCUGCUGCUGCUCCUGCUGGAGGUGCAGCGCUGGAGGUGGGGGGAGGGAUGCCGGACUGGGUGACUGCUCCUGCGCCCAUACCUGCUGCUCCUGCUCCUGCUGGAGGUGAGGCAGUUGCUCAUGUGAAGCCCCUGCCCCUCUGCCAUACUAGCCUGGGCACCUGCCGCGCCCUGCUACUGCUAGCACUGCAGCUAUACCCUCCCAAAUCAGUCCCUAUACCCUCCCUCAUCACACCCCCCGUCUGUGCCCGUGUGUCCACUCUUCCCUGCCCUACUUGCCUUUGCAGCCCCUGCCCCUCUGCCGUACUCGCCCGGGCUCCUCCCCCGCCCUGCUGCUGCCUGGCAGCCACCUCCGCCUCCCAACUACUAGCUGUGCCGUUGGGGGGGGGUAGACAAACCCCCGUCGGCGCAGGCAUGAAGAAGCCCCUUUCCCCGUCUUCAGGCGCGCGGGGCGGAGGCGGCGGGGGAAGAGGCGGAGGUGCGAGGGGGCGAGGGGGAAGCGGAAGGGGGGGAGGCGGAAGGGGAAGGGGAGGCGGCGGAGUGCUGCGGCUAGGCGUGUUGGAGAAGUAUGUUCCGCGCGCGGACGGGGGAGUGCGGAAGGGGUUCCGCGGGCGGAAGAGAUACAUGGCACCGCAGCGGACACAUCUUUCCGCCAAUGAGCUCCGUGCGUUGCAUUCCCCCUCCGCCCUUUCCCCAACCCCUCCUUCCCGGUCCUCGCCUCAGCCGCACGGCCUUGCCCCGCAUCCCCUGCCCCCUUCUGUGUUACCAAGUGGCCCUCUACUUGCAAGUUUGAAAACUCUGAACCCUGUACCCUAUCCGCUCUUGUCGGCAGGGAAACGGCGAAAGGUACUUAACGACGCGAGAACAGUGCAGAAAUACCGAAAGAUGAUUGGGCGGGAGAGGAAGGCGACAGGGACGGACUGGACGAGCGGAUUGAUAGGGGCUGAUGGGAGGACGGAAGAGGAGGGAGAAGAGGGGGAAGGGGAAGAGGAGGAGGAGGAAGAGGAAGAGGAAGUAGAGGAGGAGGUUGGGGAAGAGGAGAAUGAGGAGGAGGAAGAGGAAGCGGGUCAGGAUGACGUUUCUAGUGAUGAAGAGGAGGAGGGAGCAGGGCAAGAGGGCCAAGGGUCUGGUGGUUUGGGAGCGAGAAUCAAACGGGAGGAGGGUGUACAGGAGUGGGAUAGGGGCGGUGUGAGCAAGGGGAGGGGACGAGGCCGGGGACUGGGAGGCGGGAGAGGAGGAGAGAGAGGGAUGGCGGGUGGAAAUGCAAGGGAUGCUGAGGGUGGGAGAGGAGGAGGAGAAGGUGUGCGGCAGAGGCCGUUGAAUCGGCUGGAAAGGAUAUGGCAGAAGAGAGAGGAGGAGGCUGCAAGGCAGGCGGCAGAGAGGGAUGCGAAGAGGAGGGAGAUGGAGGAGGGGAGGAGGAAGAGGGAUGAGGUGGAGAGGAGGAGGAGGGAGUUGAGAGGGCAGAUGAGGAAGAGGACGAAGAGCGGGCAGGUGGUGAUGAAAGUGAGGAUGGAGCAUUUGUUGGAGUCGAUUCAGCGCAGCCAGGGGAAAUAG